AUGGGUGACGAGAUCGUCAUCGAUAAAACGACAUUCUUCAAUCGCCUGUCGAGCUUCUAUACGGCAUGGAAGUCCGACAAACGAUCUAGUCAUCCGGCCUUUGGUGGCGUCGGCUCUAUCGUCAUAUUGAUGGGCAAGACGGACGAGGCGAACAGCUUUCAAAAGAACAAUGCGAUCCAUUUCUGGCUGCUUGGUUAUGAAUUUCCGGCUACCCUUCUAGUCUUCACCCCCGAGAUGAUGUACGUCGUUACAACUGCGAAGAAAGCGAAACACCUAGAGCCCUUGAAAGGCGGGAAAAUUCCCGUUGAAAUCCUGGUCACAACCAAAGAUGCGGAGGAGAAAGCAAAGGUUUUCGAAAAGUGCUUGGAGGUUAUCAAAACCUCCGGGAACAAAGUCGGAGUUCUACCAAGAGACACAACUACGGGCCCAUUUGUGGAAGACUGGAAGCGCGCUUAUGCCAAGAUAUCUGGCGAGGUGGAAGAAGUAGAUAUUGCGCCGGGUCUUUCCACAGCCUGCUUCUCGGUCAAGGAUACUGAGGAACUAGUAUCGAUACGAAAUGCGUCGAGGGCGUGCAGUGGCCUCAUGUCGGAAUACUUUGUCGAUGAGAUGUCUCGCCUGCUUGACGAAGAGAAGCAAAUGACACACAAAUCCCUCUCCAUGCGUAUCGACGCCAAAAUCGACGACGCCAAGUUUUUCAACAAGCUUGCAAAAUUACCAUCCGAGUUUGACCCUCAACAAAUUGACUGGGCAUACGGCCCCGUAAUUCAGAGCGGUGGAAAGUAUGAUUUAAAACUCACAGCAACAUCUGACGAUAACAAUUUGGAGCCCGGGAUUAUCAUUGCUGGGUUUGGUAUUCGUUACAAGACCUACAGCUCGAUAAUCGGACGAACUUACCUCGUUGACCCGAGCAAGUCCCAAGAAGCCAAUUAUGCUCUGCUUUUGAGUGUCCACGAAGCCGUCUUGAAGGAAGUGCGGGACGGCGUAGUGGCUAAGGAGCUCUACAACAAGGCUAUUGGCCUUAUACGGGCCAAGAAGCCGGAACUCGAAUCUCGUUUCCUCAAAAAUGUUGGUGCCGGCAUAGGAAUCGAGCUUCGUGACUCAAACAUGGUCCUCAAUGGAAAGAAUAGCCGGAUUCUCAAGAGCGGCAUGACCUUUUCCAUCACUGUUGGCUUGGUGGACGUUGAGGACUCAAACAAGAAAGUCUACUCAAUGAUGAUAACCGACACCAUUCGGGUUGGUGAGAAUGGCCCGCAUGUGUUUACCAAGGAUGCUGGUAUCGAUAUGGACUCGGUAUCGUUCUACUUUGGAGACGAAGAAGAGCCUCAGAAACCAGCAAAGGAGAAAAAAGAGCCCAAAUCGAGCGCAGUAGCGGGUAGAAAUGUCACCAGGACAAAGCUUCGAGCUGAACGUCCCACUCAGGUUAACGAAGGGGCAGAGGCACGGCGCCGGGAGCACCAAAAAGAGUUGGCAACAAAAAAGACCAAGGAAGGUCUCGACCGAUUUGCUGGAACUACCGGUGAUGACAAUGGCGUCGCACAGAAGAAGUUCAAGAGGUUCGAAUCAUAUAAGCGAGACAACCAGCUGCCGGUCAGAGUCAAAGAUCUUACUGUAUAUGUUGAUCACAAGGCAUCCACUGUCAUCGUUCCUAUAAUGGGUAGGCCAGUGCCUUUCCACAUCAACACCAUAAAAAACGCCAGCAAAAACGACGAAGGAGAAUACGCCUAUCUACGAAUCAACUUUCUCUCUCCAGGUCAGGGCGUUGGAAGAAAGGACGAUCAACCGUUUGAAGAUCUUUCGGCGCAUUUCUUGAGAAAUGUGACACUCAGGUCAAAGGAUCACGAUCGCUUUGCGCAGGUUGCCCAGGACAUUACAGAGCUAAGAAAGAAUGCCUUGCGGCGUGAGCAGGAAAAGAAAGAGAUGGAGGACGUGGUAGAACAAGAUAAGCUUGUUGAGAUCCGAAACCGCCGCCCUAUCAAGCUUCCUGAUGUCUAUCUUCGACCCCCGCUUGAUGGUAAACGAGUGCCCGGUGAAGUCGAGAUCCACCAGAACGGUCUUCGCUAUGUGUCUCCAUUCCGCAAUGAGCACGUCGAUGUAUUGUUCAGCAAUGUUAAACAUUUGUUCUUUCAGCCGUGUGCUCAUGAGCUCAUUGUUUUGAUCCAUGUUCAUCUCAAGACUCCAAUCAUGAUUGGCAAGAGAAAGACCAGGGACAUCCAGUUUUACAGAGAAGCGACUGAGAUGCAAUUUGAUGAGACCGGAAAUCGAAGGCGCAAGCAUCGUUAUGGGGAUGAAGAGGAAUUCGAGGCGGAGCAAGAGGAAAGAAGACGAAGGGCGGCUUUGGAUAGGGAAUUCAAAGCGUUUGCUGAGAAGAUAGCAGAUGCUGGCAAAGAUGAAGGAGUUGACGUUGACAUUCCAUUCAGGGAGAUUGGCUUUACCGGUGUCCCGAAUCGCUCCAAUGUAUUAAUACAGCCAACUACAGACGCUCUGGUCCAACUAACCGAACCACCUUUUCUCGUGGUCAGUCUCAACGAGAUUGAGAUUGCGCAUCUCGAGCGAGUACAGUUUGGCCUCAAAAACUUUGAUCUUGUUUUUGUCUACAAGGAUUUUCACAGGCCUCCUGUCCAUAUUAACACGAUCCCCGUGGAGAACUUGGAGGGCGUCAAAGAUUGGCUCGACUCCGUGGACAUAGCAUUCUCGGAAGGUCCCCUCAACCUCAAUUGGACCACAAUCAUGAAGACAGUUGUCAGCGAUCCUUAUGGCUUCUUCGCCGAUGGCGGUUGGUCUUUCCUGUCAGCUGAGUCGGAUUCUGAGGAUGGUUCAGACGAGGAAGAGGAAUCGGCAUUCGAGCUGUCGGAAUCUGAACUUGCUGCAAGUGAAAGUUCCGAAGAUGAGAGCGACUACGAUGACGAUGCCAGUGCAGAUGAUGAUUUCAGUGCGGAAGAGGACGAGGAGAGUGGCGAGGAUUGGGAUGAGCUGGAACAACAAGCUAAAAAGAAAGACAGGGAAAGUGGUCUGGAUGAUGAGGACCGGGGAAAGAAGCGAAAGAGGUGA